AUGAUUUUUGCAGAUAUCGCAACAGAGAAUGAUCGUAAGGAACUUUUCAAAGAAUUGAGACUAAUGGCUAACGUUAAUGAUCAUCCAAACAUCGUCAACUUAGUCGGAGCAUGCUCAAGAGGAGGUGGGUGAAAAUUCCAUUGCAAAAACAAAAAAAUACUGUCUUCUUUGAAAGUCACCUUUUAAGGUUUAAAAACUUGUGCUGAGUGGCACGACGUUGCGAAGGAUUAUAGCCCUGUUCGUGGCAACUAAUGUUGCUUUUAAUUACCGUACUCUUACUGUAUCAGUUGUGCUAUGAAAUGUACAAUCGAAUUAAUUAAAAAGAAUUUACAAUUUCGGUAAAUUGUUAUAAAAUUCUUUUUACUUCACGCUUGUAGCUAAAAUUCAUUAAUGGACCUUUCAAUUUUGUUUAUGCUUUUCCUGGAUCGUAGUGAAUUUCAAAAAAUAUCCCCAAUAUUCCAAUUUUGUUGAGAAAUCUGUAAUUGAAGAACUGUAAAGCACGCCAAAUUUGGUUUUGAUUUAUUCCCCGUUAAUUUUUAUUAUUUUCAAUUGUUAAUGUUCCCAAUGCAACCUGAUAAAAUGUGGAUAUUCUUACAUAGGACCGUUGUUGGUAGUUGUGGAGUAUUGUGAGCAUGGAUGUUUAUUGAGCUAUCUUAAAAAGCAUCGCCUGGACAUACCUGGCAAGGGAACGUUUGUGACUUCACUGGAUCAGUUGACAAGAGUGAGAUUUGCUUAUGAUGUGUCCAAAGGAAUGAGAUACCUUGAGGAAAGGAAGGUCAGUCAGUGAGCAACAAAUUUUACAAUUUAAGAAAAUAUUUUUUGAAAUUGUAAGAAUAAAUUUGCGCCCAGUUUGACAAGGUGGAAGAAUAUUUAUCUUUGACACAAUUCUGGUGUUGUUUUCCUAAUCUCUUCACCUAUUUACCCAUGUGACCACCUUGAAAACAUUCCACAUGUAAGGAAAGCUGGAAAGACAAGCAACAACUUUCGCUAGAGCAUAAUAGCUGACUCUUUCUUAUACCCAAGUACAACCGACAUUUUUCAACCGAGGUGAAAGAAAGUUUCCCUGACGAUAAGUCGAUAACACUACGCGUCCAUUCUUGUGGACUAAUCCAUUAUUUCUUGUUUGGGUAAAAUUUAUGAAAUUUAUUCUACUUUUAAUUUUCUUUGUUUUGACAUAUUCGCCCAUUAACGUUCUUGUUUUCGCCUCAGCUGCGAAAUUAUAACUGAAGUAAUGAAAUGAACUUUACCAUGAUUAAUAAUGCAGUUUUGAUGUUUUGACAGAUUAUCCAUCGUGAUUUGGCUGCAAGAAACGUCCUCUUGGGGAAACAUAAGAUUGCUAAAGUUUCGGAUUUUGGCCUUUCCCGUGAUAUAUACGAAACAGGGUUAUAUCAAAAAACUACGACG